CUGACAGUAAUUUUUUUAUCAGUCAAUCAAGACAAGACGAUCGCCUUAUUCUAGCAAAUGUUACAAUAGUCAAAAAGCAUAUUACAUUUAAUUUCGUAAAUAGUUUGUGUGCUCAAAAUGUCUGGACCUCCCAAAGAACGCUAUAUACCGAAUGCCCUGAAAUUUGCAUUUGGUGGCCUUGCCGGCAUGGCGGCCACAUGUGUGGUCCAACCGUUGGAUUUGAUCAAGACAAGGAUGCAACUGGGUGGCGGGAAUGCAUCCAGUUUCUCGGUGGCCAGUGAAAUCAUAGCUAAAGAAGGUUUCUUUGCAUUGUACACCGGUCUAUCAGCUGGUCUGCUGAGACAGGCCACUUACACAACAAGUCGUCUUGGCGUCUACAAUUGGCUGUUUGAUUCUUACAAGCAGACGUAUGGCGAUAACCCCGGCUUCGGUACGAAGGCGGCGUUGGGUGUGGCCGCGGGCUCGGUGGGCGCGUUCGUUGGCACCCCCGCUGAGGUCGCGCUCAUCCGGAUGACCGCCGAUGGCCGUCUGCCCAAAGAGCAGCGCAGGAACUACAAGAACGUCGUUGAUGCCAUCCUCAGGAUCAUCAAGGAGGAGGGUGUGUUGAAACUGUGGCGCGGUGCUACGCCCACCGUCGCACGCGCAAUGGUAGUCAACGCGGCGCAGCUCGGUACAUACUCACAGGCCCGCGAGUGGUUCCUGGGUAUAGUGCCCGACGGCAUCCAGCUACACUUCUGCGCUUCCAUGGUGUCAGGUCUCGUCACCACCAUCGCCUCUAUGCCCGUAGACAUCAUAAAGACCAGAAUUCAAAAUGCUGCCAAAGGUCAAAGUCAAUUAUCGGUUGUAAGUUCGCUCUUGCGCAAUGAGGGCGUGUUCUCUCUCUGGAAGGGCUUCCUGCCAUACUACACGCGCCUGGGACCUCACACUGUCCUAACUUUCAUAUUCCUUGAACAGCUCAAUACUCUAUACUUCAAAUUAACUUAAAUUUACCAAAAAGUAUAGUAACACAACGAUUUUAUGGCAGUUUUUUGACAUUGACAGAUGCGCCUACAAGAUUUAAGGGUUACCAUUGUGCAAAAAUUUCCUCACUUCUUUCCAAAUUCGUCUGUUACAAUUCUAAGCAAUUGAUGACCUGUGCCUUCGUAGUAAUUUCUAAAUGUUUAAAUUGAUAUAUCCAAACACAUUAGCAAAUCUAAGUACUAUGUCAUGACAUCAGGCGUGAUAUUUUUAUGGAAUUUCGAAAUUAUGAAUAUGGCAACAUUGAAACGUGCUGCUGCCCCCUCAUUGGUCAAAAUAUGUUGUUAAGAUGACUGAUAAUUCACAUGUUUUCCGACUGCCAUAAGAUCGUUGUGGAACUAUAGGCUGAAUGUCGCAAGAACUAACACAUUACAACAUUUUUGUAAUAAAAAGAAAAAAUGUCAGGUAAAAAAGUAAAGUUGAGCUAAUCUAUGACCUGGUCAUAGAUGAACAUGUACAAUAACUACUCUUUGUUAUUUAUCAAAGAUUAAAUAUCGCAAAUGGAAUAAACGUGCGUUCAAAAAUAAUAUUCCAAGCGACAUUCAGCCUUAAUAUACUUAAAGUAUAUUUUUGUACGACAAAGCAGAUACUGAUAGUUUUAAAAAGAUUUUAUAUCGAACUUUUACAAUACGGUAUCGAAUACCUAUACUCCAUCUUAAGUAUAGUUUACUUUAAGUGUUAACGAUAAAGUAAGUAUGAAGUAAACAUUUGCAAAACAUACCUUUGCGUGUGUUAUACCAAAUUAAGAUUCAGUAUUCUCUAUUUUCCGCUUUUACGUAGACGCUUUUAUUUAGAAAAGUGUUUCUGCUGUAGAAAACAACAACAAACAAACAUACAUACAUAGAGGUCGAUAUUAUAAAAAUUAGCAUUUCCCUCCUUUUUUAUUGCUAUUUUGCUUUUAAGCACAAUUGCUAUUGCCUUUUGUGCAAGUUUUUUUUUUAAUUUUUAGUAUUGUAUAGGAAGAAAUAUGCAUUGGCAUUUUUUUUGCAAAGAAUAUCAAAUAUUCUAUGUAUGUAUGGAAGGUUUCAAAUUAGUUGCUUUGAAAUGCACAAUAGUUUUUAGUUCCUAUAUGUUGCCAUAAAAUGAUUUAACAUCAUAAAAUACGCUCAAAAACUUAAAAUUGCUAUAAAUAUUGAAACAGACAAAAUAUAACAUAAAAAUUAAUUAAUUUCACAAACAUUUCUCAAAUGAUUUGUAUGUUUUUUGUUCUUCGAUAUUUAAGAUUAUGUUUUUGUAGGCACAAUAAAGAAAUAUUGAUUAUGAAAUCAUUCAACGUUAAACGUAUAGUUUAUUUUUUUAUUUAUAACAAAAAAGGUCUCAUUAGUUUGCAUUUUAUCAACUAUUGCUUGAUCUGUGGUCGAUUCGGUUUUGGCGCGCUGUCACAUGACAAUAUAAGCCCAAUGACCUCUAUAUAUAUGGACAGAUCGGAGCAUGGAAAUGACAGAUUUUCGUUCCCAUUUCAAAAUCUGAUGAUGUUACUGACACUUCUGUCUCUAUUAGUUCUUGUUUCCACCACCGCUGCAGUGCACGACCGUCAGCGCCAAAAUGGAUAAUCAAAUAGGCACAAAAUUCACAGUUUAUAUCCUUUCCAGCGUAAUAUAGAGGUUUGUGUAUGUAUUUGUUGUUUGUCUACUUUCAAUACUUAUAAAAUUCCAUCAAUUUGAUUGCAACAUGUGAUAUAAUAAUAGUUAUGAAUUUGAUAAAAAGCUAUAUUUUUAUAGAGGCAGUUUUAUUUUUAUUUGUGACUAAUUUUAGCGAG